AAUGAUUUGGACAUUCCUGAAAGAAGUGGUGAAAUGGAAGAAACUCCAUUGGCAGAGUCUCCAUGUCAAGAUAUUGAACACUUGCGGUAUGUGAAUGAGAAGGCAGUAGUUCAGUUUAAAUGUUUGGACUUAGAAAACUCCAGUUUCCUGUCUUCUUCUGGCAAAUCAACCGGUGAUGUGCAAACAAUCACAAGAAAUGGGUCUCUACAGGAUCAAAAGGAUUGUAACAAACUGGCAAUAUCAAAAGUGUCCAACCAAGAGGCGUUUAAUUUAGAAAGCCAACAGUUGGAGAAUUCAGAUGAUCAAGAAAAUUACCACGACCUUACUGAGGAAUGUAUUAGGUUGACAAGCGUGAAUCUGGCUGAUGAGGAGAACACGGAUUUAGAAACCCAACAGCCUAAGACUUCAGGUACUGAUGACAUUUCUCAUGGCCUAGUUCAAAAUUCUAUUACCUUGAUCAGCUCGAAAGUGGCCCGGAAGGGGAAGAUUGAUUUAGAAAGUCAACGUCUUGUGAAACUUGGUAAUCAAGGUAGUUCCCGGGGCAACAAUGCACGAUUACCUCUUGGACCUCCUUUACCAAAAUCACCGUCAGAGUCUUGGCUAAAGCGUACCUUGCCUACCAUUUCCUCCAGGAAUUCAUCUUCACAGUCAUCUCUUGGUUCACGCAUUUAUACCAGCAGUCCGGUUUCUAAGGUAUCCUCUCUCGAUCCCAAGUGGGAGACGAUUGUCAAAACUUCUAAUGUGCAUCACGGGCGUUCGCGGUUCUCUGAGGAACUUCUUACACCUAUACCAGAAGCUUAGAUUGAGGAACUCUUAUGUGAAGCUCACCAGCUUAUUCAUUUGCCUUGGUUGGAUGUCUCUCUUGAUGGGCUUUAAAGGUCUAAAAUUUUCUUUUUCACUUCUUAAAAGAUUUAAAGGUUACUAUAUUCUGAACUUAGAAAACUGUACAUGACAAGCCCAUCUCUGAUGCUGUAAUUUCUUGUAAAUCUCAUCAUAGUUUUUGUUUUUUUUUAACUUAAAGUUUGUUACUCUACUGGGAUUCUUGUAGAAAGGAAAGCAAUAGCUGUAUUUUGUUUAUAAAAAGAAAAAUUAAUAAAGGGGAUUUGAUGCUACAGUGAGUGAGCCAUGUGGAUUAUCUGUCAUGCAUAUGAAGCAGAGAAUUCUUUUCUUGUAUCUUCUAAUAUGUGGAUCUUAUUUAUUGUUAUGCUUGGGAGUUCAAACUUAAUAAAUCCAUAAUAUUUGCCUGGAUGGAAUUUAUUGGUGUUAAACAUACUGACUUUUGCAUUGUUGUUAGAUUCACCCUUAAAAAAAUAUCAGCAAAUGUGGUAUUGACAUUUUGCAUUAAUCAUACGUAUCUUACAGCACUGAAUCAGACCCUUGUAAUAGACUUUUCUAAGGUUCAACCCUCAACAUCACGACCGGUAAGUAAAAUUUCUGGGAAGCAACUGCAGGGACCCUGUUUUGAAUAAUUGAAAUUUCUAAGCAACUAGUCAGUUUUGCACAGCGAGAAGCCUCGAAGUUUCGAUCAAUUCAAAGAACUAGCGACGUACGGCUUCGAAACUUUAACACGGCAUUUGCUCAUAGGUGGAUGUACACAUACAUGCUUGAAAUUCCUAUAUAUAGCUGUUCUAAUUGAACACAGCAUUUGUUCAUAAAGUAAAUUGUUGUAAGGCAUCGAGACCCAAAAUAUGGCUAGAAAUUAUUUUGUUGUUGGUGGCGGUGGUCAUGGAGUGGGAGUAGGUCUCAAUAUCUUGGCAGACAACUUGGGCGGCCUGCUUUUGGUUUGCAUGGUUCUUAUGUCUCUCUCACUCAUAUCUAUGGUCAUAUUUGGUUGUGGAUCAAGCAAGGGAGGGAGGGGCAAGAGAGGGAGGGGUGGCGGUGGUGGUGGUGGUGGUGGUUGUGGAGGUGGUGGUGGUGGUUGUGGAGGUGGUGGAGGCGGUGGUUGUGGAGGUGGUGGUGGUGGAGGUGGUGGUGGCGGUGGUUGUUAGAAAAUAUGGUUAUAGUUUAUUAUUCAUAUAUGUCUACUAAUAAAGGUAUAUCUCUCGGUCUAUGUAGUUAUCAUUGAUGUUCUACGGAUCAGCUCAGUUAAGAAAUGAAAUCUGAAGAAAUUGUUUUUAUAGUAUGUA